UGUUCCGAAGAUGCGAUUCUUCACCACUGUUCCAUUGAGCGCACGCUUUCACUUCUAGAGUUGCUUACAGCUGGAUUUUUAGCUUUUCAUAAGCCGUUAUGGCGACAAUGGAAGACAAUAUGGGAGACAUGGAUGAGGAAGAUAAGAUGGAGGAGGAUGAAGACGAUGUUGAGGAUGAUGAUGAUGAUGAUGAUGAUGAUGAUGAAGCUGAAACAGAGAAACUGCAAAGUAACACAAAGUCAAAGGGAAGGAGAAAGCCCCGAUCAGUACUAACAGGGCGAGGUGUCACCCUUGGCAUGCUACUUGAUGAUGGUGUGAUGGAGCCUGGGGAAAAGUGCCUUUCUAUAGACUACUUGGGUCAGAAAUUUGUAGCUGACCUCCAGUCUGAUGGUAGGAUCAGAUGGCCAGAGGCUAAUCAAGUGUUUAACUCACCAUCGGCUUGGGCAAUCUAUUGCAAGAGGCUGGUGAAUCCCUCCAAGAAAUCUGGCUGUGGAUGGGCAUCUGUGAAAUACAAAGGUAAAAAGCUGGACCAGUUUAAGACAACUUGGUUUCGGAAGCAAAAUCCUCCAUCAUCUAGCCAUGGUGAAACACCAACAUCUUCUCAUAAAGUAUCAGCCAGUCUGCCCUCAGUGCCCACCUCGUCACACAAGACAUCGACAACUACACAAUCCAGCAGUCAUGGUGCUGUGCAUGCUUCAUCGUCAUCAUCAACCAGUUUGCAUUCCCCAAUCUUGGCUGUCUCACAGCCAACAGCACAUUCAAAGCACACCACACAGAAGUCUUCAGGAUCUGGUUCAUCUGGAGGCAGUUCUUGGUCAGGCAACAUGAAACCUACAGCCAAAGCACCACAUUCAACAUCAUCAGGUCGAGGGAGGAAGCCAAACAUUGGUUACAUUCACCCACCACCUGUAAAAUCACCUUCACCUUUCUCACCAACUGCGUUAGCUCCGUCCUCUUCACCAAAGUCUUCCUCAAGUUCUAUCAGAAGUCCAGUUGAUAUACCCAGCCCUCUAUUGUCUCCAACCAGCUCAGGAAGUAGGAAGCGAUCAGCUGUCAGGGCUCGACAAUCAAUCAAGUACACAAUGUUGACUCCUGACAGUGAUCCACAUACUCUGGUUGAACUUGUGAACUUCAGUGCCAUGGGAAAAAUGCAGCCAUUUUCUGUGGAUAUUUCAACAAACUGUCUUUUACUCAUGGAUUACCACUGUCAUCUGACAUCAAGUGAAGUUGUGGGAUAUCUAGCUGGACAGUUUGACCCACAAACACACCACAUGAAGAUUGUCCAGGCUUUUCCAUGUCGCUGCCGAUUUGCAGACAAAGAAAACGCACCAAAAGUAGAAGAAGAGGUGCAGAAUGCUAUUGCACAGCGAGGUCUUAUUCUUGUGGGAUGGUAUCACAGUCACCCGUCAUAUCAGCCUGAUCCAUCAGUCCAAGACAUUCACAAUCAGCUUAAAUAUCAGAGCAUCUUGCAACAGGAAAAUGCACCUUAUGGGCCUUGCCUGGGUAUUAUAGUGUCUCCCUAUGACACUUACAGACCAACAAAAGAAUCAGUUAUACGUGCCUUCUGGGUUCAAGCAUCACCAGACAGCCAACCUCAUAAGCUUGGUGUUCCCAUGCUCAUUAACACAACUCUACAUCAAGACCAGUUUCUCACCCAGGAUCUUCUCAAUGAACUGCGAUGGAUGUGGAGUUUUUACAAAGGUAGUCCAGACACUAUCAACUUUAAUAACUCCUGGCAUGGAAACCAAACAUACCUCGACAAAGUGAAGUCUUCUCUGAUAAAAAAGUUCCCAACAGACCAAACAGAUGGAAGAUUUCUAGAAUUCAUCAACACACUGCUUACCUAAAACACCCUUUAAUUAACAAAUUGUAUUAAGUACCAUUUUGUGUCCACAUUGUGCAUUGUAUAUUAAAUUAUUUUUAAAAACGUUGUA